ACUCAGAUGACUUUUACACACUCACUAAACAUUGCAUGCUUUAAAAGGAAACUAUUUGCCACUCUGUUGCUUAAACAUUAUUUGAAUACAUCCUGAAUCACUUGGUUCAAACUGUGAAUUCGGAUGGAAACAGUGUUUACACCGUUAUAGGCUCUGUUGUUUGUGACCUUUCUGUUCCAUUCUGGUUUGAGUGUAUCGGUAGCAUCUGUGUGUGUCGACAGGAGAUGUUGGAAGCCUCUGGCAGCGUGAUGGUACAGACAGGAGUUUAAGGGACAGAACGUCAGUUCUAAGAAGGAGCGUGGUGUACACGGUCUCACCGAUGCCUCCUCCAACAGUGCGUCCAAAAACAAAAUUCCAGUGUCAAUUGAAGAUUUCAACUGGAAACAUCAUGGAAAAUGAAGAAACCGUGAAAAAUACAAGUCGAGGGAAGACUACUGCUGUGUCAAAAUACUACAGGCAUUCUGACAAAAGUUCCACCAAAGCUACACCAGGUUCUUCUUCACCUAAACAUCUCAUAGAAGAUCACGUUAACCCUGAAUGUUCAGACUUUGAAGCCAAACAAAUAGACGGUGUCUUCGAUCAGGUCUCCUCGCAGGACUCCAGUUGGCCUGAUUGGUCGGGUUGGUGGUCAGAGGAGGUCAAAGAGGAGGGAGAGAUUGAAGAGCAAGAGACCAGCACAGAUGCCGAACACACACAGAUGCUGUCAAAAACCAGCAAGCGUGAAAGUCUUCUCCAAAAUCAUGAAGAUACUCCAUGCCAGGAGAACUUCACAGAUGAACAGAUGCAGAACAUAGAGAAGGAUGGAAACAAACAAGAGGAGAUUAAAGAGCUGAAACUCUAUAAGAUAGCUAAUGAACUUCUGCAGACGGAGAGGGCGUAUGUAGCCCGUCUACAUUUACUGGACCAGGUGUUUUGUGCUAAAUUGGCUGAGGAAGCUGGGAAGGGAACAUUUCCGCUAGAUGUUGUGAAGGGCAUCUUCUCUAAUGUGGGAUCCAUCUAUAUCUUUCACAAUGACUUUCUCCUGCCUGACCUAGAGACACGGAUGAGCCAGUGGGAAUCCACACCCCAUAUUGGGGACAUCUUAGCACAGCUCGCGCCCUUUCUGAGGAUGUACGGCGAGUAUGUGAAAAACUUUGACAAUGCAAUGGAUCUGCUAAAGCAGUGGACGGAGCGCUCGGCACAGUUUAACACCAUUAUUCAGGACAUACAGAGUCUGGAGGUCUGUGGAAAUCUCACUCUUCAGCAUCACAUGUUAGAGCCGGUGCAGCGGGUUCCUCGAUAUGAGAUGCUGCUCAAAGAUUAUUUGAAAAAACUCCCAGAGGACGACACGGACCGCAGCCAGGCCGAAAAGUCUCUGAACAUCAUCUCAAUGGCUGCAAUUCACUCCAACAUGGCCAUCCGCAAGAUGGAGAACUUGAAGAAGCUGAUGGAGAUCUAUGAGAUGUUGGGAGGAGAGGAGGACAUUGUGAACCCCUCAAACGAGCUCAUCAAGGAAGGACAGAUCUUAAAGCUCGCAGCUAGAAACGCGUCAUCCAUGGAGAGAUAUCUCUUCCUUUUUAACAACAUGCUGUUGUUCUGCGUGCCCAAGUUCAGUCUGGUGGGUCAGAGGUUCACUGUGCGCACACGGGUGGGUGUCGAGGGCAUGAAGGUACUCGAGACUUCCAAUGAUGCCUAUCCUCACACUUUCCAGGUGUCAGGCAAAGAGCGUACACUGGAGCUACAGGCCAGCUCAGAGCAAGACAAAGAGGACUGGAUCAAGGCAUUCCAAGAGACCAUUGAAAUUUUUCAGCAGAAGAAUGAAACGUUCAAAUCGGCAUCUAAAGAAGUUCUGGAUGAGGUGUCUAAAGAGGAGUUGGGAAAGAGAGCUCCACGAUGGAUUCGGGAUAACGAGGUGACUAUGUGCAUGAAAUGCAAGGAGCAUUUCAACGCUUUGACUCGCAGGAGACACCACUGUAGGGCAUGUGGAUAUGUUGUUUGCUAUAAAUGUUCAGACUACAAGGCAUUGCUGAGGUACGAAAGUAACAGAUUAAAUAAAGUGUGUAAGGACUGUUACUUCAUACUGACCGGCAGAACAGGGGCUGAGGAACCAGCUGGGAGCAAGAAAAAAGGCAUCCUUGAGAUUGAAGCUGCGCAGGUCUCGGGGAAUAGUUUUAUAUGUGGUUUCCUGCAGUACAGUGACCGAGCCAAACCAUGUCAGAGGGUCUGGUGUGUGAUUCCACAGCAUGAUGCGUUGGUUCUUUACCUGUAUGGAGCUCCACAGGAUGUUAAAGCCCAGUGUACCAUCCCACUAUUGGGAUACCAGGUCGAGGACAUCCAUAGAACCGUGGAUCAUCCGCCUACCAGCUUCCGUCUGUGCCAGUCCAAAUCUAUUCACUGCUUUACCGCCGACACGGAGGAGCUGAAACUGCGCUGGCUGAGAGUGAUCAACAGAGCUGUGACUGGAGAGAUUCCGGAAUGCCAGACGCCAUGCAAUGGUGGCUUUGCCAACGGUUGCCAUGAGACUGUACCCGAUAGAGACUAGGUGUGAUUAAUGAUGAUUUUAAUCUUGCAUAUGUCCUUAAAUAUGUCCUGAGUUGGACCAUGUUGGUAACAGAAACACUUAUGGAACAUUGUUGCAUUUGCUUGGAAGGUUUUUAAAUCAACGGAGAACGUUCAGUCAACUGAUCAAUCCCAAAUAUUAUAAUGCACUAUAAUGUUGACUUCAGUCAGAGUGGUAAAAUAUUUGGUGUGUGAUUUAUUUAAAAUGAUUGUUGUCAUUUGCUAGCACAAAUUCUGCUGUGUGAUUUGUUAGUCUUUUCUUUUGUCUUUUUAUGUUUUCAUGUAGUUUGUUACAUUGUUCCAGUCCUGAAAAUGUAUGCACUUUAUCUUUUUUUUGUAAA